AUCAGUGAAAGCAUUUGUAGCCUACUUCGCGACUAGUCGACAGUAAGGCAUCAUGGCGAUCGGUUAGUGUCGGUGCGUGUCGCUCGAAAAAUUUACCGUGAUCUCGUAUACGAUCUCGCGUAUCGUGAAUUAAUCGCAUCGAAUUCCCCAUCGGAUGGCUGUACAUUGAUUUCUCAUUGCGUAACAACGUCCAAACUCGAAUGACACAAUGGUGAAGCUGACCGAAGAGAUGGUCGUGGCUCGCACGCGAGUGUCUGACUUUUCCGCCGUAAAGAAACUCAAUUGCUGGGGAACAGAAUUAACAGAUGUUAGCAUUUUAAGAAAGAUGCAAAAUGUGGAAGUGUUGUCAUUGAGCAUAAAUAACAUUAAUACACUUGCCGAUUUUCAAUAUUGCCACAAGCUUCAAGAUUUAUUCAUAAGACGAAAUAAUAUUAAAGAUUUAAAUGAAGUUUGUUAUCUCCAAGGACUACCUAAUUUACGAAAUUUGUGGCUCGGCGAAAAUCCAUGCGCAGAAAGUAGCGGAUAUCGAUUAGCUGUACUUAGAGUUUUGCCAAAUCUUGAAAAAUUAGAUGAUAAAAUAGUAUCACCUGAAGAAGUGCAAAGUGCAAUGACAUUUGGUCGGCCUUUAAUACAUCCGCUUGAAGUAGAUGCUUCUCCACAAUCGGAUGUAGUAAGUCCAGAGGAUAUUGCAAUUGAAUACAUUGAAGAACCUGAAUUGGCCCGGUCUAGGAGAUACAGUUCUUCUAGUGAUCAGAGAAGCUUUGAUGAAACUCAACAUAUACAUGAAGAAUAUGACCCUGACAGAAGAAACGCAAAUUAUAAUGCGUCAUCGUCACAUCAUUACUCACAAAAUAAUCAAUAUGCGUAUGAGCUACAAAAUGGACAAUCAAAGAAUCAGAGCAAAGAUGACACUAUGUGUGCAGAGUCACGCAGCAACAGUGAAACUGUGGCCACUAACACUCUUGAAAUAUCCAAGGAUUAUGAUGAACGUCCAGUAGUACAACGACAUAAUGGAGAUUACGAUGAAAGACGAGCUUAUUCUGAAUAUGGCGGAAACGAAGUACCUCAGCGUGUGUACGCAUCGACACCUCAACGUACGCAAUAUGCUGUUAAUGAAUUUGCAGACGACAAACGUAACGACAGAAAUAAUUAUAGUUAUGAUGAAAGAACAAGAUUAGAAUAUGAAGAUUCGCCACAACCUCCUUCGACACCUCAAACAAGAAGAAUGAUAGCUCCUAACGAAAGGGAAGACAUGAAUCAAGGACCCGGCUGGAUAAGACAUUCGGAAAAAAACAAAUGCAAGAGCCAAUUUCAUUAUCACAGGCGGCCAGUGACGAGAAAUUCAAAUAUAUUAUCUGCUGUACUAUGCUUAGUUAAAGAAUUGGAUUAUCCGAGUCUGGAAGUAGUAGAAAUGGCUGUUAGAAAUCGAAUGGACGAAUUGGAAGAAUGAUGUUUCUGACACCGUCCCCAAAAUCCACAGGGGACGGUCACCUUCUCCCAUAUUGGCAAUAUAUCUUCUGCUCCCAGCCCAGAAUUCUCCGAUUCGCUUGAUUCUACGAUAACUCCGAGCCAAUAUGCUGAUAAUGAUGGAAAUGACAACAACGACGAACAUCAUAUACUUGACCAGCAAUUGCUCGAAGAAAAUAACGAUAAAUAUCAAAUUCGACGAAAUGAAUGUGUCGAAAAAGUUUGCUCAACACACAACCCAAAAACAGUAUCGAUUGAUCCGAAUCCAAGAUUGCUCGGAAAUAAUCAGUCCAUGUAUAAAAUCAAAGAUUCUGUUUUGGACAAUUCGCCUUCGAGAAAUUUCCAAGAAAGAAAAAGCAGCGAUGUAAGACGCGUAGCGAGCAGUGACAGUAUUCCUCGUGGUAGUUAUAACAAUUUGAGUCAGGGAUGUAAAGUUUCAAGCCAAGAUUGCGUCAGAAGAUCAAAAAGUCUUGACGUUAGGAAUACAGUUACACCACUUCGUUAUAUUCAAUCGGCAAAAGGAACGUGGACAUAUAAUUUGUAAGUUAUAGAUUGAUAAAAUUUUUCUUAAAAUAAUAUCCUACAUUUUCUCUAAAUGCGAUCAAAAAUAAUUUUUACAAUAAAAAUGAGAAGAAAA